AUGAACGGCGCUCAAUUUACUGAUAGGGCGAACAAGGCUUUGCUGGACUCCAGCGCUUUGGCCGAACAAUACGCCCACUCCCAGAUUUUGCCUAUUCACUUGGCUGUCGCACUCCUCAACCCCUCUGCCGACGAGUCAAAAGAUCAACAGACACCAGCUGGCCACUCCUCGCAUGAUGCCAGCUCCACACCCCUCUUCCGUCAGGUUAUUGAGCGAGCCCAUGGUGACCCUCAACUACUCGACCGCUCCCUCAUGAAGCUUCUCGUUCGCUUGCCAAGUCAAGACCCUCCACCUGAGAACGUCGCGGUCUCUCCACAACUCGCCAAGGUGAUUCGAUCUGCGACUGAUCUCUCAAAGACACAAAAAGAUAGCUUCGUCGCGAUCGACCACCUCAUCCAGUCCGUUUGCCAAGAUUCACAAGUUCAGCGUGCCCUGGGUGAUGCCAACAUUCCCAACCUCAAAUUGAUCGACUCCGCCAUCCAGCAAAUUAGAGGCACAAAACGGGUGGACUCCAAGACUGCCGACGCAGAAAGCGAAAAUGAGAACCUCAAGAAAUUCACCAUUGAUAUGACAUCAUUGGCUCGUGAGGGAAAGAUUGACCCUGUCAUUGGCCGUGAAGAAGAAAUCCGACGGGUGAUCCGUAUCCUGAGUCGACGAACGAAGAACAACCCUGUUCUGAUCGGUGAACCCGGUGUUGGCAAGACUACUAUCGUCGAGGGAUUGGCUCGCCGAAUUGUCAACGCCGACGUCCCUGCCAAUUUGACGCAAUGCCGUCUGCUCUCUCUCGAUGUCGGCUCUCUCGUCGCUGGCAGCAAGUACCGCGGAGAGUUCGAAGAGCGCAUGAAAGGGGUUCUCAAGGAAAUCGAGGAUUCCAAAGACACGAUUGUUCUCUUCGUUGACGAGAUCCACCUCCUGAUGGGCGCGGGCUCAAGCGGUGAAGGUGGUAUGGACGCUGCUAACCUCCUCAAGCCCAUGCUGGCUCGUGGACAGCUUCACUGUAUCGGCGCUACCACCCUCGGGGAAUACCGCAAAUACAUCGAAAAGGACCAGGCAUUCGAGCGACGUUUCCAACAAGUGCUGGUCAAGGAGCCUUCCGUACCCGAGACGAUUUCCAUUCUCCGUGGACUGAAGGAAAAGUAUGAAGUUCACCACGGUGUCAAUAUCCUCGAUGGCGCUAUCGUGGCAGCUGCGACCUUGGCAGCUCGUUAUCUCACUGCCCGCCGUCUGCCUGACUCGGCUGUCGAUUUGAUCGAUGAAGCCGCUGCUGCCGUACGGGUCACUCGUGAGUCCGAGCCAGAGGCCCUGGACACUCUGGAGCGCAAAGCCCGCCAACUCCAGAUCGAAAUCCACGCUUUGGAACGAGAACAAGAUGAUGCAUCCAAGGCCCGUCUCGAAGCUGCCAAGCAGGAGGCGGCGAAUGUUGCCGAGGAAUUGCGCCCCAUGCGUGAGAAGUAUGAAAGUGAGAAGCAGCGCAGUCGGGAGGUGCAGGAUGCCAAGAUCAAGCUUGACUCGCUCAAGGUCAAGCGGGACGAGGCCGAGCGGUCCGGUGAUACAGUCACCGCUGCCGACCUUGAAUACUAUGCGAUCCCCGAAACCAAAGCGUUGAUCGAACGAUUGGAGGCUGAUCGCGCCAAGGCCGAUGCCGAACGCCGUGCCACUUCAGGUGACGGCGGUGAAGCUCUGCUUGCAGACGCUGUUGGCCCUGACCAGAUCAAUGAGAUUGUCGCCCGUUGGACUGGUAUUCCAGUCACCCGCCUGAAGACUACCGAGAAGGACAAGCUGCUCAACAUGGAAAAGUACCUGGGCAAGGUUGUUGUUGGACAGAAAGAAGCUGUUACCUCCGUGUCCAAUGCCAUCCGUCUCCAGCGUUCCGGCUUGGCCAAUCCCAAUUCGCCUCCUAGCUUCCUGUUCUGUGGACCUUCAGGUACCGGUAAGACGCUUCUUACCAAGGCGUUGGCCGAGUUCCUCUUCGACGACCCCAAGGCAAUGAUCCGGUUCGAUAUGUCCGAAUACCAAGAGCGUCAUUCCCUCAGCCGUAUGAUCGGCGCUCCCCCUGGAUAUGUUGGUCAUGAUGCCGGUGGUCAACUCACUGAGAGCCUUCGUCGUCGGCCUUUCUCUAUUCUGCUGUUCGAUGAGGUUGAGAAGGCAGCCAAGGAGGUCCUCACUGUUCUCUUGCAGUUGAUGGACGAUGGCCGCAUUACUGAUGGUCAGGGCCGUAUUGUCGACGCCAAGAACUGUAUCGUCGUGAUGACAUCCAACCUUGGCGCCGAAUAUCUGACCCGCUCUCUCGACCGCGAUGGCCGUAUUGAACCUCACGUCCGCGAGCAGGUGAUGGGAGCCCUUCGCGAUUACUUCCUUCCCGAGUUCCUCAACCGUAUCUCCAGCACUGUCAUCUUCAAUCGCCUCACCAAGCGGGAGAUUCGCAAGAUUGUCGAUCUUCGGCUGUCAGAGGUACAAAAGCGUCUCGAGCACAACGGACGCAACGUUAUGAUUCGUUGCACCGAAGAGGUCAAGGAUUACUUGGGUGCUGCUGGCUACUCUCCCGCCUACGGAGCUCGUCCUCUGGGCCGCCUGAUCGAGCGGGAGGUCCUCAACCGUCUCGCCGUUCUCAUCCUCCGCGGAAGUAUUCGAGAUGGCGAAGAGGCCCGUGUGGUGAUGACCGAUGGUCGCAUCGAAGUGUUGCCCAACCACGGUCUGGGCGAGAGCGAAGAUGGAGAUUCGGAGAUGGUCGACUCGGACGAUGCACUUGCCGAGAUGGAAGAUGACAGUGGUGAUAUGGACCUCUACGACGAGUAA